GAAAACGAGUUCCGCGAAUAGACCGUGACGGUCGCAAACUUUUUGGCAACCGGUAUUAUCUCCAUUUCUCGGAAUAAAGAGAAAAUACUACAACACCGUACCGACGGGAUUCCGUCAGCGGCGACGCUGCCUGCCUGCCGGCUUCGGAUGUAAACAACUCGCCUUCUGCGUUCUUAAAUUCUCCCUCUCUCUUUUCCGAGAGAUGUAAACGAAAAAUCAUACGAUAUCCACGUAACCCCCAAGCGCUGCGCGUGCGCCGGUCUACGUGACUGCCGUAGCAGAUGCGAGGCCUGACGGAUAAAAACAAUCAGUCGGAACAUAACAUCGUAAGCGAAAGGAUCAAAAUGGGAAGAUAGUGUGUCGCAAACCUAAUUAAAUCUUUUCUUUGUGCCUGAUUAUAAAUCAUAGUGACCGGCCGUUUUCGUACAGUGACGUCUUCUGCAACACCUUCUAAAAAGCACACAAACGGCUUUUGUACUUUGCAAUUGAACCAGAAUUAGUCGAGAUGGUCGAGAAAAAAAUAUUGGAGGAAACUGAGCAUCAUUACGAGUCGGAGAGUGGCGGUGGCUGCAUCAAUGGAGGCAGCAUGGGGGAAGGUUUGGGAGGUGGAAGCGCCUCCGAUAGCGGGGACCAGAUGGAUCCUGAUACCCGAGCUAGAGAACUUGAACGUAGGAAAGAAGAAGCGAAGAAGAAGAGGAGGAAGAAGAAGCGUACCGGUUCUUCUGUGGUGUCUUCGUGUUUUCAAGACCUUUACAGACUAACUGGUGAGGUAUUGGGAGAAGGAGCUUAUGCAAGUGUUCAAACUUGUAUUAACAUCUACACUGGUGUUGAGUGCGCAGUCAAGGUCAUUGACAAAGUACCAGGUCAUGCUCGAGCCAGAGUAUUUCGCGAGGUUGAAACCUUCCAUCAUUGCCAAAGUCAUCCGAAUAUUAUACAGCUCACAGAAUUCUUUGAGGACGAAGAAAAGUUUUACUUGGUUUUUGAAAAGGUCAAUGGGGGGCAGCUCUUAAGGAGAAUCCAAGAGCACAGGUACUUCAGUGAGGCAGCCGCUGCAGAAAUUGUUAAGGAGAUUGCAUCUGCCCUGAGAUUCAUGCACGCAAAAGGAAUUGCACAUAGGGAUCUCAAACCGGAGAACAUCUUAUGCGUGCACAAAGAUCGACUUUGUCCGAUCAAAAUUUGCGAUCUGGACUUGGGUUCCGGUAUCCGAUUUCAGUCCAGUGUUUCUAGUCCGUUGGCUACUCCACAACUGCUUACUCCGGUUGGAAGUGCUGAAUUCAUGGCACCUGAGGUCGUGGAGGCAUUUAUAGGGGACAACGAUUCAACUGUCUAUGACAAACGCUGUGACCUAUGGUCACUAGGUGUGAUAACGUACAUCUUGCUUUGUGGUUACCCUCCGUUUUCUGGGAAAUGCGGACGGGACUGUGGUUGGGAGCGUGGUGAGAACUGUGGCGCUUGCCAAGAACUACUCUUCCAUAGCAUUCAGGAAGGGUACUAUGAUUUCCCAGAGAGCGAUUGGAGAGAUAUUUCAGAAGAAGCGAAGGAUCUUAUUAGAUCACUGUUGGUCAAGUGUGCCAACAAACGUAUCAGCGCAGAGCGUGUUCUUGAACACCCUUGGUUAAGAUGCGCAAGCGAUGCUGCACCGUUGACCACGCCUGCAGUGAUAAGAAGAAACAACUCCGCCCUUGAGCUAUCUCAUUUCGCGGAGUCCGCAAUGGCUGUGAACAGAGUGGUGCAACAGCACUUCAGCAUGAAUUUGGGCUACUUGGAACGGCCGAGCAUUUACAGAACAGAUUCGAGGAACUGUUCAUCCCAACUUUUCGGUCUGAGUCCACCGAGCGAAAGCCAUCUGAUGCAGAGAAGAAGACGUGGCGGUUCUUGUCAGUACCUGUCACGUUCCUCUGUGGUUACUCCUCAACCGAUCUCCAGUCCAAGUGGUUGAAAUUUUGUUGGUAAACGACGUCACCAGAAUUUUUAUUAUCAUAUUAUCAUUCAAUUUUUUCUUUUCUUUUUCGGAAGGAAAUUCUAAUUUGGAGUCUUUAAAGAUAUCUUUGGAGUUGUUAAAUUAUUUCAUUUACUAUGAUUUUCUGUAAGUUUCGAAUUGAUGGAAAUAGUUCGUUCGGGUUCUCCAACCAUAUCAUCAAAAAUUUGAAAAAAAAUUAAAAAAAGAAUAAUCUUCAGUUUCAUCGGUUUUUCGGAUCUUUCGUUAUCUGGAAAAAUUUAUUUGUCUAAUUAAUUAAAAAAUCAAAAAAAUAUUUAGUAUUUUGUAUGAAACAAAUUGUUGUGGUUUGAGAACCUCAUGUCAGAUCUACAUUACGCAGGAUAGCCCAGAGAUGCUAUUGGGGUGAAUUUAUUCCAUUUCACAUAUAAACCAAUUAAGUUUUCACAAUCCCUUGUGAGUAUUCUAAAUCUUUAAGAGUAAAUACAGAUUAAUACUGACCUCUGAAAGUGAUAAAAACACUGCAGCAUCUAUUCCAGUGAUGAUAAUGGCUUUUCUGUGGCACUUGAUUGGAUGGUUAUUUGACAAUCAAGUGACUCAGGUAGAGUAACAUAGACGCUACUGUUGAGUUUCUUGUUGGAGGUGAAAGUUUGAGUAACAAAUUCUAAUUGUAGAUCUGACACCCUCUAGGUCAGUCCCAUUACACAUUGAAAGGACUAUAAUUCACGCAUUGAUAAUCAUUUUCAUAGUUAUUUGGUUUGAAAUCGAUGCAUAAAGAAGCAGAUUGUUAACCUAAAAUUUCGUAAUACAGGUCUGAAGAAGAAGAAGAAAAAUUACUCGAGUACUUCAUUCCAAAGACCUUUGACCAAGAUCUUUCACCCUGUUUUUCUCUGUAAAUUAUCGAUUUGGUUUGACAUUGCAAAUUCGGAGUAAAUUUAAAUUUUGACGAAUUAAUAAUUCUUUGGGACUGGCCUUAAGCAGUAGGAUUAUUUGGCCUAGGUUUAUCAUUGCGCUUCUAUUUUUAAUACUUUUGUAUAUGUUUAAUAGAUUGAGAAAUAAUCAGUCUACAUUGUGAUAAUUAAAAAUUAAGCAUCUUGACUGUGCUGUUUAGAGCACAGAUAGAGACUGUAGAAAAACCGUACCUGCUUAAAUUUUGUAAGAUACGGAGGGUUUAUUUUAGGAACUUUGUUUCCGAACAAUUGUACUGAGAGAGACAGUCCAUAUUUCUACUCUAAGAAUCCUAAGAUACAUUUGGAUAUUUUUUUAACAUUUUGUAAUGCUCAAGUCAUCUAGCUAUGUUGGUUGACAUGUCGGGGAAUAAGUGUAGAGAUAGUAUCUAUUUACAAACAGCUUCAGUCAGUUCAGACAAUUCACUUACAUUUAAAAUUGCAUCAAACACACCAACUUUUAUGAGAGCUUUAAUAUUGUGGAAAUUAUUCGUACUAUUUUACAAUUGUUUUACUGUUGGAAUACGUUGAUUAUUAUUAUAAGUGUUACAAAAAAAAAAUAAAAAAAAAUUAUAUAAUUUUGAAUAUAUUUAUUUGUGAAUAAAAAAAUGUGAUUCUGUAACUUUUUACUAUUUGUAUAGAACCACAAAAAAAAAUAAUUAAAAAGCAAUAAUUGAAUUGGAUAUCAUGAAAUAAGAUGGAGACAUUUUUGCCCAAAAAUAGAUUUUGCAUAUCAGGAUCUUACUCUGAAAUGAAUUUGGACUUUUACCUGUGAUAAAAAACAAACAACCUCCUCUUACAUAGAAAAUUGUGUCAAAUAUAUUUUUACAUAGAUUUAAUUAUAUACUGUUAAUUUUGAAAUGUUUGUGUUUAUUUAUUUUCAAAAACAGAUGUAUCUUUUGAAAAUUGUUUGAAAAAAGCGGUUUAUUCUCAUUCCACAAAUAAUGCGUUUUGACCAUCUUUGAAUAAACAAUCUGAAUUGAAAUUUUCCUGAUUGUUUAACUAGUCGCAGUUUCCAAAAUCGUGAUUUUAAAUGAUAGUGAAUUGCUGUGAAUUGACUGUUGAAAGUUUUCUUCCAAUACCCAGUGUGAUAUGAAGAAAAUUACAUCUAUCGGGUUUAAGAAUUGUUGAGCUUUUGUUGCCAAGCAUGUAUGAGAACGAAUGAUUGAUACCUUUUUGGAUGAUGAGUACCCUUGAAGAUUUCUUUCAAGCAUUUAUUCUAUCCAAUCCGUAUCAUUUUUAUACCAAAAAGAAAAAAAAUCGAAAAAAGAUAUCAGUUUGUUAUCUAAAUUUAUCAUGGUUUUCCAUGAGUGCCAUCUGUACUGUUAUUUUAUAUCGUUUUAAAAAAACGAAUACAUAUUAUAAGUUUAAUUGAGAACAAGGUUCAGUUAUAAUUUGUAUUUACAAAAAAAAGAUAUUGUUGAUUAUAAUAAUGUUUUUCCUUUUUCUUAUUUUAAGCCUGCUAGCAGUGAUCUUCUUGAUCAGAAAUCAUAGUGAUGGAAAUUUAUUUACCAAGUGUGCUUUAAUUUCAUAUGAUAAUAAAUAAAAUUCAAUUUUUAUAA